AAUAUUAUACUUUGAAUCAUAUAUUGACGGAUUACACGAGCUGGAUGCCCUAAUUUUGUCAGUUACUUUAUAUCGCUGGUAUAUAGAAAUAUCGCGAUUUACCUCUUGUGUUUAUUUCAGUUCGUAGAGCUUGAGAAGAUUGAGUUUUCAGGGUGCCGCGGGGGGAGGGAGGGGGAAGUAGAGAUUACCUUGAUAUUCGCUUUUGCAUCGGGGAAACUUUUCCGUCGUUUUUUUUUUUUCGUUUGAAGCGCGUCUGAAACUUAACGUUCUAACGAGCCGUUUGUAACUUGCAUCACAAUUUCUCGAGAGUCAACGGCGCGCGAUGGAUCUGUUUUCAUGGUUCAACACCGGCGAGUACGGCGAAAAAGCAAAGCAAAAAGAAAAUCCCCCCAGGUUCGCGUUAACGCCGUGGAAAAUUGUCACCGGGUUUUAGCGCUUGCGGUUGUGUCUCCGUAAGCAGAGGGGGCGAUGCAUACAUGUAGUUUCCUUAUAUAUUGUUUCUUCUUUUUUUUUUUAAUACAAAGUCGAGGCGAGCAUGUUAGCAGUUAUAUGUUGUUGCCAAAUCGUCAUUCAAUCAUAUUGAUGGCAUAACUAUACGGUUCAGGGGGUGGAUGAUAGGAAUUUACUGAAAGUCCAAGAUCAAAGCCGCUCAAAACGCUGGAGAAAGACGGAGCAGCUUCGGAGGAGGGGGAGAUGUCUGCUGGCACCCAGGGCGAGAUUCGGGUUGGCCCUACGCAUCAGGCCCGUUUGCCUGAGUAUCGGUCGGGUAUACCCCCGGGAGAGCUGCCACCCGACCCAGAGUUCGCCAAGGAGCGCGAGGAACUAAAAUGGGUACCAGCAAUGGCAUUGGACGGGGACCUUGUCAUGUACUUGAGGGCAGCCCGUUCAAUGGCCGCGUUCGCCGGCAUGUGUGACGGCGGUUCUCCAGAGGACGGUUGCCAGGCUGCCUCCCGAGACGACACUACCAUCAAUGCGUUGGACACCCUGCACAGUUCUGGCUAUGAUCCCGGUAGGGCGCUCCAGGCACUCGUCAAAUGUCCCAUACCGAAAAGCGUCGACAAGAAGUGGUCCGAGGACGAAACUAAGCGAUUCGUCAAGGGCCUUCGGCAGUUCGGAAAGAACUUUGCGCGCAUUAGGAAGGACCUCCUGCCGCACAAAGAUACGCCGGAGCUCGUCGAAUUCUAUUAUUUAUGGAAGAAGACCCCGGGCGCAAAUAACAAUCGGCCACACCGACGACGCAGGCAGAGCUCGCUGCGGCGAAUUCGCAAUACGCGCAACUCACGCGCCGGCACACCGAAGGAGGAGGUACCCACGCCAACCAAGGACGCACAGCCGACGGCCAACAUUAACGCGAAGGAGGCCGCGUCCGAGGCUGAGACCGUGCCGGUCGGCACUCCGGCCAGCCACAAUCCCGGCGGCGAGAUCAGUUCCGUGACCGAGGACGACAAUUCGGAGGAGGACAGCGACUCGCGCGACACCAAUACGAACGGCACGGCGCACUCGUGCCAGCACUGUUUCUCCACCAGCUCGAAGGACUAUCAGGUGGCCGGCAAGGAUCGGUUGUUACUCUGUGCGGAAUGUCGGUCGCACCUGAAGAAGAGCGGGGAACUGCCACCCGCGCCGCCUUAUCUGUUCCGCCCGGUGCCGGCGGAAUCGCCUGAGAGUCCCGGUAGGAUGCGCACGCGGAACAAGGCCAAGGAGACACCGAGACCAGCGAGACCGCGACGAACCGGUGGCACGGACACGCCCGAUCAGGAGAAGCAGCAGCAACAGCAGCAGCAGCAGACGCCCGACAAGAGUAAGAAGAAGUCGUCCGGCAAAGCGGACACGCCCAAGAAGGGCCAGAAGCGUUCGAGUCAGGUGGACGACGCCUGCAACGACGAGGACAAGGACGCGCAGAAGCGGAAGCGCGGCGGUGGCGAACGGCCCGACAGUCCGUCCGAAUCUCUCACUACCGACAGCAACUCCCUGAUGGACGAGCCGGAGAGGGAAACGGAGGGCGACGCAAACGAGAAUCAACCGACGCCGCCAACGGUCGCCGGUGUAGCCGGGGCGGAGGAGCCCGUGAGUAGUCCGGCCGUUACGACGCCCGAGGAGCCGUCCGAGCCGACGCCGGCGUCCACUCCGGUGCCAGCUGUGAUACAGAGCCUGCCGAUAUCGGUGCCGGUGAUACACAGUCUGGAGAAGAAGCCGGCCGUCUUGCUAGAUCAGGAGCCGGUCGAUCAGAGCAAGAUGAUGGACCAGGCGGAGGACUUGCCGUUAGCCAUGACUCAACCGUUGAAGUUGGACUCGAUGCCAAUUGAAUCGGCGAUGUCGCCGACGAUGUCCAGCGAGGACAUGGGCAAGGAACCCGAGCCGACGCAACUGAACCUGAGCACGUCCGCGCAGCAGGUCGGACCGGGUCCCAACGACGCCGGUCCGGCUACGGCUCGCAAUCUGUCGCAAACUAUACCCGGUAUCAUAACGAGCGUGGGCUCGCAGGCGACUAUGCCAAGCUCGCAGAUCCCGGUGAUAUCGCCCAGUCAGCAACAGAGUGCUGGCGUCGGUGGGCUGCCGACGAGUCUGAGUAUGCAGUACGUACAACCGCCGCCGCCGCCGUUGCCGGUGCAGAACGUGCCGCAGAAUUUGUCGCAGAGCAUACCGCCGCAGAUGGCGCCGAAUAGCGUUCCGCCCAGCGCGCAGAAUAUGGGACCAACGAAUCUUCGUAGUCACGUGACCGAGAGUUUGCAGAGUUCCGCGCAAACGAUGCCGCAGAGCAUGACGGGACCACCGCCAUUGAACCUAAACAUCUCGCAGAGCGUAGUGUCGGCCGGCAUCGGCGGCCCGCUGGGGCACAUGCCGUCGAUACCGAGCCCGCCGUCGCAGCCUCUCGGCCUGACCGUCAUGUCGUCCGACAACAGAAACGCCGAGAGACUGGCGGACGACAGACUGUCGGCGAGCGAGCGGGCUCGAGACAGCAGAGUUCCCGACUCCCGCCUGGUACCGGAUCGUAUCCCCGAACGGACGAGCGAGAACAACGAGCCGGAACGAUCGGAGCCAAGUAAUCUGUUCCAACCGAUACAGUCCGGCGGAAUGCUGCCGAUGGAGAAACCUGUGGGUAUCUACAAUCUGGCCGGGACGCCGCCGAUGGAACCGCAGAACUUGAAGAUCAAGCAGGAGAUCAUACCGCCGGAGCCGGACCCUCUGCAGAGUCUAAAGGAGGUCAAGGUGCCGGGCUUCCAAAGUUCCUCCUUCCCCGGUCCGAGCCUGGACAACAUCAAGAAGGAUCCGGACGGUACGAGCAAACCGCCGACGCCGAGCAAGCACUCCGUGCCGCCCGUUAGCCAGGCGGUGCCGUCGAUACAGCCGGUCGCGGCGUCGCCGACACCCACGCCGACACCGACGCCGAGUCUACCACCGCCGCCCAGCUCGAUCCCACAACCGGUGAUGCAUCCCGCGCAGCAACCUAGCCCACACAUGGCGCAUCCCUUCCAUCCGCAUCAUCCGCUGAUGCACCACUCGCUGUUCACCGCCAUGCACCCGUAUCAUCCUCACGCCUAUCCGGGAUACGCGCCGGUGGGAGGCUACCCGUCCUUCCCGCCGUAUGCCUACGGCCCAGUGCCUCACGCCAUUCCACCGCCCUCGCCGCAGCGCAGCCAGGAGAGCAGCAACGCCAUGAUGACGGCGCAUCACGCCAGCACCAGCUCGAGCGUCGCGAGCAGAGAGGAGGGCGAGAACCUAAUCGCGAGUCACCACCACUCGUCCAGCAUGCAUCAGCAGCCGACCAAUUUGCACCACGACAAGCUGCUGAGCAUCUCCUCUCACAGCUCCCACAGCCAUUCCUCGUCGCACAGUUCGCACAGUAGCCAGCGCAAGGCGUCUCAGCUGGUCUCGGCCACGUGCCUGACGUCGUCGAGCUCCGGGCACCAUCAUCAUCGUCAGCCGCAAUCGCAGCAGCCGCAGGUCGUGCCCGAGCCCAAGAUCGAGCAGGACAUGGACGUGGAACACGAGGAGUCCGUCAGUCCCCGCGGGCCCUCGCCGGAGCCGCGUAUCGAGGACUCCGAGUGCCACCGGUCGCAGUCGGCGAUCUUCCUGAGGCAUUGGAAUCGCGGCGAGAACAACUCGUGCACGCGCACCGACCUCAUGUUCAAGCCCGUGCCGGACUCGAAACUCGCGCGGAAACGCGACGAACGCUCGCGGAAGCAGGCGGAGCGGGAGCGGGAGGAGCGCGAUCGCGCCGCCGCCGCGGCGCAGCAGGCCCGGAAGAUGACGACGCCCGAGAAGCAGCCCGAGGCGUGCAAACCGCCCAGCCGCGGUCCCCUCGAGCCGGUCGUCUCGCCUUACGACCGUUACGCGCGCCCGGGCUCCUACGCGGACACCCCGGCGCUCAGGCAGCUAUCGGAGUACGCUAGGCCGCACGCCGCUUUCUCACCCGCGAGACACCCGGGCCCGCCCGAUCCGAUGCUGCACUACAUUUACGGGCGCGAGGCCGCGGCGGCGCAACGGCUGGAGCUGGAGCACUUGGAGCGCGAGAAGAGGGAGCGGGAGAUACGCGAGCUACGCGAGAGAGAAUUGAACGAUCGUUUGAAGGAGGAACUGUUCAAGGGCACACCCAGGCCAAUGGCCACGCCGGUCGACCCGCACUGGCUGGAGAUACAUCGCCGGUACGCAGCCGCUGGUCUGGCGCCGGGUCCUUCGGGCCCCCCUCAAGCCUUACACCAAUUCGGCCUCUACGGGGCACCACCGGGUCCGAGUCAACUCGAGAGGGAACGACUCGAGCGACUAGGGAUUCCGACUGCAGCCGGCGGGGGGCCAGCGGGUGGAGCGGCUGGCCAUCCCGUGGCGGCUCAUCACCACGGCCAGCUGGAAGAACGGCUGGCUCUGGCCGCUGACCCGAUGGUCCGAUUGCAAAUGGCUGGCAUCUCGCCCGAAUAUCAUGCUCACACUCACGCGCAUACGCAUGCGCAUACGCACUUGCACUUACAUCCGGGACAGCAACAGGCCCAGCAACAGGCUCAGCAACAGCAGGAAGCCGCUGCGGCUGCGGCUGGAUUUCCUCUGCCGGCUGCGGCCGGCGCCAAUUACCCUCGUCCCGGUCUAAUGCCGCGCGAUCCCGCCCUGGCGCUUCAUCCGGCGGAACUCCUAGGAAGACCCUACGCGGACAUGGCAGCGCACCACGAACAACUGCAACGGCACCUCUUGAUGGAGCGCGACCGAUUCCCUCCGCACUCCCUCGUGGCACAUCACGAGGAGUACCUAAGACAACAGCGUGAGCGCGAGCUUAAAGUUCGCGCACUGGAAGAAGCCGCACGUGGAUCGCGUCAAUAAACAUAUAUAUUUUUAUUUAUAUAUGUAUAUAAUAUAUACAUAUAGCCUUCAUCACUUAGGCGCGAUAUAUUGUAUACAUAUAUCCGCGUAUAUUCCAUGUAUAUACGCGUGUAUUAUAUAUACAUACGUUUAUCGUUCUUUCGAGGCAUCCGACGAUCUUCCGAAGAGAGCCACUCGGGAUUUCGCUGUAAUCUACCAUCUAAGAUCAGAAAUUAUUUUUAUGGUCUUUCAGAUCGAUGUAAGCAAAGGAAUUAUAAAACACACACACACACACACACGCACGCAAACACACACACACACACACACACACACACACACACACACAUAUGCGCGGCGAGUAUGAUAAUUGUAAUUUUCUCGCGCUGUUGUAAAUAGUACAAGAUAUUUUAGCCCCGGCGCUAUAUCAUCGGUGCUGGCACGUUUCUUAGAGAGAUCGAGAUUUAUAUAUAUACAUAAUUGCGACAAAUGCUUGAUACAUAAGCUACUCUCAAGUUCUUUAGGUAUUACCUCGUUUUAAUUGCUCCUCCACGCUAUCAACGUCACCGCUCGUCGAUCGCGGCCGACCUCGCGACUGGCCUUGGCUUUAUCUUUACCUUUUUUUUUUUAAAUCUGAUUUUAAAUUUUAAUAUACAUGCCAAAGUGCUUGUGCGGAGUGAAAUUACACCGCGUUUUUUAUUCUUCCAUACCCGUGUAUAUAUAUAUACAUUUUAAAUACGUAGAAUAUAUAUAUAAAAGAUUGUAUAUAAAUAUAUGUAAUU